CUGGGGUCCGGAAGGAGGCGUCUGGGUUCCCCCAGGCGUCCGGGCCGGGCGUUCGGCUCGUCCCCCGGCUGUCUGGAAAAGGAAGGGCAGAGGUGUGAAGACGAGAGGAGGAGAGGAAGAUGUGUGUGAGCAGUUGGGGUUCGCCGCGGGGCUGGCGAAUGUUGGGGGCCGUCUCCACGCAGCAGAGUGGAUUUCGCUCUGAAGGUUCUCCGGUGGUCUGACUCAGAGAUGGUGCGUCUCCAGCUGUGGGAUAUUGCAGGGCAGGAGCGCUUCACCUCCAUGACGCGACUCUACUACCGAGACGCCUCUGCCUGUGUCAUUAUGUUUGACGUUACCAAUGCCGCUACCUUCAGCAACAGCCAGAGGUGGAAACAGGAUCUGGACAGCAAGCUUACACUGCCCAGUGGAGAGCCCGUGCCCUGCCUGCUCCUGGCCAACAAGUGUGAUCUGUCCCCUUGGGCAGUGAGCCGGGACCAGAUUGACCGGUUCAGUAAAGAGAACGGUUUCACAGGCUGGACAGAAACGUCAGUCAAGGAGAACAAAAAUAUUAAUGAAGCCAUGAGAGUCCUUGUUGAAAAGAUGAUGAGCAACUCCAGAGAGGAUGUCAUGUCUUUGUCCACCCAAGGAAACUACAUAAAUCUGCAGGCCAAGUCCUCCUCCAGCUGGUCCUGCUGCUAGUAGCCUUUGGCUUGUUUUCCGUCCCAUUGCUAGGACGUUUUCCCAUCUCUCACCAAGUGGUUUCAUUAAGAACAUUUCAGCUGUUUCCUGCCUGCUGUCUGGUGAGGGGUCCGUGGUGACUUAGACACCUGGGACCCCCGGGCAUUUCUUCAUCUCCUGACUGCUGGCUCUGACUUGUUGCCUACCGCCUCAUGUGGCCCAGUUAAUGCCUUUAUAUAAGAAAGAGCAUCUCAUCCUUCUUUGUGAUCUAGAAUUUUGUGGGAAGCAUUAGAAUUCAGCAUCUGUGUUUUAAAAAUUGUAAUUCUCACCUACUUGUAAGCUUACUUUUGCAUUUGAUGUAUGAUAAUAUUACUUCAGGAAAAUGAGCUCAGAUGUCUUUUCCCAAAAUCCUCACAGGCCAGUGCUUUCAGAUUCUUUCUGUUGUGGACUUGGAAAUUCAACAUGAUUCUGGGAUGCAGAAAGAGAAGGCUGGGCAUCCGUGGGCUUUGGGCUACCGCAUUUGUGGGCCUUUUAGUCAUGAUGAAUUUUCUCUUAUCUUGACUUCAAGAAUUGUCAAGUUUUUAAACUACCUAUCUUGUGUGAUGAGUAUUUCUUCUUUCCAGUGAGAAAUUAAUUCUCAGGUUUCUUGUUUCUUUGUUUUUUAGUUUCUCCCCUCUGGUAGGGCAGCAGCAGGAACUUGGGGGCUCUGGGUUGAUACCUUGAUCAUAGUGCUGCCAGUGAUAUCGGGUGGCUUGGUGCUUGGAAACAGGUCUGGUUUUCACAGUUUGGGAAUCAGAGUGGAAGGAAGGGGAGAGAUUAAUAGAAUCCAGCAGAGUGGCUUUACAAACACGGGAUAGCUAGCAGUUAAUAGCCAUAUAAAACAAAGAUUGUGUAUGGCCCGGGGGUGGAAAAUGGAUAGACAAAAAUUAUUAAGUGCCAAAUUAGGGUUUUUAGUAUCAAAUCACUUU